CUAAAGUAGAUUUAGAUAUCUUUUUAUAUUUUAUAGAUCUAAGACCCUAAGAUCUUGAUAGAGACGAUAGAGAGUGUGUCUCAAUCUAGAUUUAUUCAAGAUCCUAGAUGAUUUCUUUAAAUUAUCUUUAUAAUUAGAUUUCAUAUCGAAAAAUUUAAAAGAUGUCUGGCACAGAGUCUAAAGGAAAGAAAAGGAGCAAAGCUUACUAUAAGAAAUGUUCCAAUGCUGGCAAGCGAGCAAAGCAAGGAGCCCAUACAUUGGAGCCUGGGAUAAAAGGUUUUCUUGUGAUGUGCAACCACAAUGAAAGUGGAGCUGUCAGGGAAUCCUACAACAUCCUUAAUGAAUAUGCAGACAAUAUAUAUGGCAGAGACCAGGCAUCAAGUGAUAAGAUUUCUAAUGACUGUAGUGAAGAAGAAGAAGAGGAGGAGGAUAUUGAGAAAGCUUUAAAGAAAGAAGUUGACGAAAUCAAAAAUACAGAUUUCAAACAAAAAAGAUUCCAGAGUGUGAAAAGUCGAGCCAAAAAUUGUAUUUUUAUUCAGUCUACAGUUGAGGACCCUGUACUUGUCACUUUGAAAAUAAUGGAAGACAUUGCUCAAAAUGGUCUGAAAAAAGCUAGGUUUGCAGCCCGCAUACUUCCUAUCGUGGGCACAUGCAAAGCCAACAUUGAUGAUAUAGAAAAACUGUCCAAAAAUGUUCUGUCGACAGCAUUUUCUUCAACUAGCUCUAAUGUUCCAUCAUCAUACACAAUACUUUACAAAUCAAGAAACAAUAAUGGAACCAACUGUGGCAAGAAUCAGGUCAUCUCCUCAAUUCGGUCAGUCAUCACUGACAUUAACCCUCAGGUUAAGUUCUCUUGGUCAGACUUUCAAGUGGCCAUCCUUGUGGAAAUAGUAUGCACUAUCUGCUGUUUAGGUGUGGCCCCAGACUACACCAGGUUACGGAAGUACAAUCUGCAAGAGCUACAGCAGGGGGCAAGGGCGUUAAAUGAUGAGUCCACCAAGACAAGUUUUGUUAAAGAUCAAGUGGAAGAAGAUGAAGGCUUCAGGUUAGAGGUGCCUGGUGAUGACAAACAGAGCAAUGUCUUAUUAAAAGACUCAGAAAUACUUAAUGAAAGUAAUACCGUAGUUGACUCUGAAAGGAUGGACAAAGGUAGCGAAGAAGAUGCUUUGGUGACUGGAAAUGAUAAACUGUCAUUUGUUGCUUCUAGGGAUUUCAACUGUGAAGAUGCAUCUACUGAGCCAAAAUGUUGUGAUAAACCCAUAAAUACCUAUUCCUCCCAGGAGUCUGUUGCUUCUAGUGAGGUAUCAAGUCCCAGUAUAAUUGAUGUCAAAGAUCUUGAUGGUAACAGUGUUAGUAAUAUUAUUGAAGACAAAAUGAACUGUACAGAAAACCAAGUUUGAUCAAAACAUAGGGUCAGUUGAGUACUGGUACUGUGAAUCUUAAAUAAUAAUGUAAUAUAUACAUUUUACAUUAGUUUUCUGCCUGUUGUUUUAAGAAAUAAAUUAUAUUAGAAACUUCAAAAUAUAAGAGUC